AUGGAUACCGCUUCCAUCAUACAAUCAUCUGUGGAGUGGCAUAUCCGAGAAGAAGUUGGCAAUUUGCAUGAUGAUGCACGAAAGGCACAGGCAAUGGCUGGAUUAUGCAUCCUGCUGACACAGCUUCAAGAAGCUUCGGUACCCGAUGAAUUAAUCGGCGCGAUACCGACUUUCCUUGCAAUGCUGGACGACAGUGGCGACCGGGGCAUGCAGGCGAACGCAUGCGCUGUGCUCUCGGGAUUAAUGGCUAUCUCCGACGAACUCCAGAAACGGAUUGUCGAUGAUGGCUUAGUGCGCCGGCUGCAGCAACUCCUUACUGCCGUGUCGGACACGGAGGAACGGACGUUGCAGUUGAACGCCCUGGCAUGCCUGGCAGAGGCGUUGCGCGAUAGAGAGGGCGAGGCGGAGGCACUUACUGCUGGCGGAGGGUUAGCGCCUGUGCUGCGGCUCUGCGACACGUCAAUGCCAGUACGGCUUCAGGAAGCUGCUGCGGACGUUUUGUGUGCGGUGGCGUGCGCUGAAAAUACGCGUGCCGGCCUAUCAGAGCAGGGAGCCGUGGAGAAGCUUGCGUCGCUGCUUGCCACGCCCAAUCACGACGUGCGUGUGCGCUCUCUGAUGGGCCUGGGUAUGCUGCUGUCGAAGAGCAACGACAACCAGCUGCUGGUGGCCAGGAACGCGGUUGCAGUCUCGAACUUGUUGGCUAUUAUGAAACAGAAAGAGGACCAGGACUGUCGGAUUGUGGCGCGUGACAUCUUUUCGGGCCUGGUAAGCGCUAUUUUGGGUGCACCUCUUGCAGACAUUUUGCUAUCGCUUGACAGUUCGUUUGCAACCCGCCUUUGACUAAC